UAUCUUUAAUGUUUUUACAAAAUAAGUGGUUAAGUAAAAAAAAUUUGCACAAUGUGCCAAUUUUGUUUUUAACUGGUUACUUGCCAGAACAAUUGAUCAAAUACUCAAUUACUAAAGUAAUACUGUGCUGCAGCACAACCAUUGGUCUGUUAUUUGAUUUUAUUAUAUCCAUCCACCCAUUUUUUUUACACCCUUGUCCCUAGUGGGGUCAGGAGGAGUGCUGGUGCCAGAAUUCAGGUUGCCAGUCUGUCGCAGAAUUUUAUUAUAUUGAUAACACAUUUCUGUAGCUAAAUAUGACUUGGACAUGUUUCUAUUGUGAAGUGCCUUGAGGUGACCGAUUGUGAACUGGUGCUGUACAAAUAAACUGAACUGAACUGAACUGCAAUAUGUGUGUAUGCUUUGGAUAAUGAUGGGUACCAGAUGUGGAACUGUGGGAAAUUGUUGUGCAGGCCAAAUAUCUGAAAGGAAAUGUUUUGGCCCCGCUGAGGAUUUUCUCUUGCACAAUCCAUCUGGUGUGAAAGUUAUCAGUACUAGUGACUUAUUUUUGUAAAAGUCAUAUACUGCAUCUUUAGCCUCUUAAAAUCUGAAUGAAAGGAUUUAUUAGCAGAUUCACUUUUGACUCAGUGUUCAUUGUGACAGCAUGAGACAGUUUGGUUUUGUGUUCUUCCUCCUUUGUUUGAAGGAGACACCUUUUAUUUUACACAGGUGGGCUAAAUUUGACAGGUCAUGCAAUGUGACACAAAAUCAACCAAUAAGAAAACAAAAACAAACAACAAAUUAGAGCACAAAAACAUUCAUGAUGUCAGCACGCCCCCUUGCUCACAUUUGGGUAAUUUCCUCUGACUCUUAAUAUUUCAACCAAAAUACGUUCAUUCUACACCAAACAUAAAUAUUUCAUACUUCCUCACCUUAAUCUUUGUUGCUGGUUUGGUUAGUACAUUUGCAUCUUUCAUUAGCUGGACAGUACUCUAGAAAAACAUUCCUUUCAUUUACAACUGAUCUCAAAAAAUAAUAUUUAAUAAUCAACAUGCUUACAUUUUUGCCUGUACACAGGAUGUUUGGCUAAGAAUGGGGUCCCUGAUUGUCCUCAUAGAGCUUAGCUAAAUAAUCCAAACCAUCCAUGGUGAACAACAGUUGUUUCAAGUAUGAGCACUCUUGUACAGUACCAGCUACUACUAUAUGCUCUGCCUCUAGCAUAGAUAGUGCUACAGUAGACUCUCUUGUGCUCUUCCAUGACGCUUCAAUAUGAUAUAUCAGCUGCCCAAUCGGCAUAAGGUUCUCACAGGCACCUUUUUAAAAACAUAGUUCUUUAUUUUGUGUGCCUUUUAGAAAUCUGAAAACAUGCUUUUCAGUAUUCCUCUGUUCUGUGGUAUGGUUUGCAAAACACUGUGCCAGUUUACUCACUAUGUAGCUUAAAUCUGGCCUUGUACAUUUUGACAAAUAGAUUUAGCUUCCUACUGCCUCCUUGUAUUUUCUGACAUCACUCAUUACUUUCGCAUUAUCAGCACAAUUAAGUUUCUGCUCACAGGGGAUAGUUAUUGGCUUUCAGUUCUGCAUGUCAAACUUUUUCAGUAUUUUCACCACAUACUCGGACUGUGACAUUUUAGUACUGUCAGCAUCUUGCUCAAAGUCGAUGCCAAGAAAAUAUGUCAACUUUCCUAAAUCCUUUAUCCUAAAUAUGGACGCAAGUUUCUCUUUUACAUUGCUAAAGGUAUUCAUAUCACUGGCAUCAAUAAUCAAAUCGUCUGCCCUUAUUAUGAUAAACACCUUUUCAGUAUCAGUAAUCUUUGUGUACACACAACAAUCAGCAGGGUUUUGAAUAAACUUGAUUUCACAUAGGUAGUUUUGUUCCAGUUUAGGGCUGUUGUAAACAAAUAUUUUAGUAAUUGAGCAAUCUAUCGAUGAUUCUUAUGAUUAAUUGAGUAAUCGGAUAAAAAACGAAACGAAAACAUUGGUAAAUCUAACAUAACAGCAGUAGUACUAUCGCAUAUCAACAUCAAUCCAAUUUUUCAUAUUUGAGCUUCCCUAACAAUAACAUUUUUGUAGUUUAGAAAAUUAACUCAUAACAAUAAUAGCUCACUUUCAAAGUUAACCUGAAGUAAUACAGAGAUCUGAAAUUAUAUUCAAUUAAAUAAUAAAGAAGCAGGCUCACAAAUCCGCUUAGAAAAAAUGUCUUAUGCUCCAGCUUUUAGUUUAUGUAUUCAUCUUCAGUCAAUUUAAUAGAUUAACUCUCACCUUGUCCAGGCAUUUAUAGCUUUUGUGUCCAUGUUAGGGACGGGAUUUGACAUCUUUGUUAGUCACACACAAACACAUCUACCUGCUAUGUACUGCCACAACGUGCUCCGCCACCCAUUUGUUGAGACCAAAAUGAUAUGAAAUAAAUUUUACGGUUUGUCCGUAAAGCUACACUUAAUCAUCUAAAGUGCAGCCGCCUGCCGUGUACAGUCCAUCCGCAUAAAUACACCUGCAGUACUCUUCCCUUCCACCAGGCAGCAGCUCCAGGAGGAGAAAAGCUGCCGUACUUCAGACAUCGUUUUAAGGAUGCUGAUUGGUCCCCUGAAAAACGACAAAAACCCAGACAUUAUCAUGAAUCAAUAAAAUCUUCCCAGGCCGAACUUGAAAACUGGAUGUUAUGCUGCUAACACUUAGCUUUUGUUAACAACUCAGGCAGAAGUGAGAGCGCUGCGCAACGCAAGUAAUAACCCGGCCGAAACACGGUGCAUUAAAUAAUAAAUCAUAAAUUAACAAAGCUUCGAAGCAGAUGAAUUUUAAUAAUCGAGGUACUCGAAUCACUUCAGGAAUUGUUUCAGCCCUAUUCCAGUAUAUGUUGGACUGUUUAAUGCUAAAGGUGGAACAAAAGAACAUGUUCACCAGAUGGAUGUAAAGACAGCAUAUUUACAUGCCCCACUAGAGUAUGAACUUUACAUUUAUAACUAGACUUGUGUAUAAAGUGCAAAAAUUUCUGUAUGGAUUUAAUACCCCGAUGCUUGUGUUACAUUAACAGUUGGUGAAAAGGUUUUGCAGUAAUUGUUAUUAACAGCAUUUUAAUGUCAUAAGUAUUAUUAGAGUUGUAGUCCUGUUAUUGAUUACAUUUCUUGAUUAGUGCAGAGCCUAAAGAAUAUACAAAAAUUGUACAAGUGAUAAAAUGUAGCAGGUCUCAGGUACUUACUAUGCAGAACAUUACUGCUUUUUUGUCAGUACUCUUUUUGUACUGUAAAACAACCUGGCAUUAGUUCAAUAGGUCAUCUACACUGUGAAACAUUUUAGCGGCAUUUUGUUGUGUCUACGAUCUUCUACUCCUUAAGUCAAAUAAAUUUAGCGAGUUUUAGAUUUUGAACCUAAAUAUGAGUUUGUCAAAGAUGCAUUUACAUUAGGAAGCUGUUAACUUUUGUUUUAUUAAUUUUGUCAAACCUGAAUAGUUGAAAAACUAGAGUUUUUAGAAGAGAAAGAAGAAAAAGAUAGGAGUGGGAACUACACUUCCGAGUGUGCUUAGCAGCAUGUUUUUGUAUCCUGUGUUGCACUGUGAGUGAGAUGGAAGUGAUCUGACCCAUGUGUUAUUAAGGCAAAUGAGCUGUGGCCGCAAGGUUGUUGGUGCCUGUCAUGGCGGCAACUCUCAAACUCUUUGGUGGACACCAUUGGUGAGGGAUUCUGUCAGGCUGAAGAAAGAGUCCUAUCGGGCCUUUUUGGAGUGUGGGACCCCGGAAGCAGCUGAUGAGUACCAGCAGUCCAAAUGGCAUGCAGUUCGGGUGGUUGCUGAGGCAAAAACUACUGGGAAAAAUUUGGAGAGGCCAUAGUGAAAAACUUCCACACGGCUUCGAGGCGAUUAUGGUCCGGAGGGGGAAGCAACACUGUUUAUAGACUCCGAAUGUUGUGGGACGGUAGACAAAAUACUUCGAAAACCUCCUCAAUCCCACCAACACGCUUUCCUUCGAGAAAACUGAGCUUGGGGACUCUGGGUCGGGCUCUCCAAUCUCUGGGGACGAGGUUACCGAGGUGGUUAAAGAGGUCCUCAAUGGCAGGGCCCCAGGGGUGGAUGAGAUUUGCCUGGAGUCCUUAAAGCUCUGGAUGUUGUAGGGUUGUGUUGGCUGACGCGACUCUGCAAUUGGAUGGACAUCGGGGGCAGUUCACCUGGAUUGGCAGAUUGGGGUGGUGGUCCCCCGUUUUAAAAAUAAGAACCGGAAGGUGUGUGGCAGUUACAGGGGGGCACACUCUUAAGCCUCCCUGGCAAGGUCUAUUCAGGGGACCUGGAGAGGAGGGUCCAUCGGAUAGUUGAACAGCAGGUUUGGGAGGUCAGUGCUCUUUAUAGUUUGAGAUUGCUAGUCUGUCAGGCACCUUUUCUGGCACCUCAUUUAAAGGAUUUUAUAUCAUGCCCAGAUUGCUUGUACUUGUUUGUUAGACGUGGCUCAGAACACAUUCAGUGGUACCUUAUGGAAACAUAUUGCAGUUUAUGUUUUAUCUUUUUCUUCUGUAGGCAUCCACUAAUGGCUACCCGUGAAGACUCUCAUCUGAAGUUCAGCCAAACAUUUAACAAUUGUUUUUACUUUGAAGACAUCAGCUCUGCUUCAUGUGAAACAGAGCUUCAUUCAGAUGCUUUCAGGAGAUGUGAGCCUGCAAUGUCAAGGUGGAUCCAAAGCAAGGACCAAAAGUUUCUUGUUUUGAAAACUUCGGGAAAAUUUGAAUUCGAGGACAGGACAGUCCAUGAUCGAGGACAGCCUGAUUGCACUUUUGAAAUUCAGAUUUAUCAGGACUCAUUGCUUAACAACUAUCAGUCAGUCAUGCUCUAUGUCUGUGCUGAUGAUAAGAAAAUGAUGAUAUCCUGCAAAGAUAACAAGGAAGUGUGCCCAGAGCCCAUGGAUCCUGAAGUCCCAAAGAUGAUUAAAGCAGCGGGACACAAGGCUCUGUUCAGGUGGAAACGUAUCUCCACUGACAAAUACAAGUUUGAAUCCACCAUGUACCCAGGUUACUUCCUGGCAUUCGAGCGUGAGGAGGACACGCCUUGCCUGCAUAAACUAAUUCUGCGUCAUGGAUCCAUGGAUGAAGUGGAUGAGUGUAGCAUUUUUUGUGUAAAUAAAUGUAGUCCAUAAUUAUUUAUCUUGGGAAAAUACAACAUUCACUAGCCACUUUAUUAAAUGGAUAGUGAGUUUCUUUCUUUCUUCUGCUACUAUUAACAUUAUUCGUAGAUUAUUAUGUUGCUGUUGUUGCUAUGAUCAUUAGUUGUUUAUUUGAUUUGUUUGUGAUAUAACUAAGUUUGUGUACGUAUAUUAUUUGGUAUACAUAAGAAAGAAGUUAGUGAUUAUUCUGAUGCUGUAUGUCCGGUUGUUAUUUAUAACUGUAAUUAUUAUUAUUAUGAUUUAGUAAAUAUGCUUGUUCUCUUAUGAGUCAUUUUGUAAUAAUUUUGUUUUUCUAUACUAUAAUCCAUUUGAAUAGGAAUAUCAAUACCAUGUUUUAAAUUACUCAUUACCGGUAAUUACUGAGUCUAUAAGUGAUAUAUUUAGAUUGAGAUGAAGGCCAGGAUUAAAUAAAUGUUUGCGAUUUUGUUCUUGGUUUUGUAUGCUUAUGUUUUCUCUUGUUCUAUUGAUGACUUGUUUUCUAAAACCUGUUUGAAAUGUACAUAAUGUACCUGUUUGUAUAUAAGUACAAAUAAAAUCUGAUUGUACCUUCUGAUUCGG